GUACAUUUCAGGGAUGUUUUUGUUGCGUUUUCAUUAAUGAUUUUGUGUUGCAGCUGCACUAACAUGUUGGUUUGCUUGUGCCUUAUAGAGCAGAUGGAGUCCGUCAUUAUCAUGCUGCAUGAACAUGUUUAUGUAACAUUUACCGUUUCUGUUGGUUUAUUGCAUCAUAAAUGCCGUUACAUGUUGGCCGUGAUGAAUUGAGAUGCUGUCUGUGACCGUAGGGUGAAGGAGCUGAGCAUUGACCCCAUUGCAGUGAUGGAGGGGCGGUCCACCGGACACUCGGUCAGUCAGCUGGACGUGCUGGAGGCGCAGUGGGGAGUGGGCAGCUCUCCUCAGAGAGACGAUCUCAAGCUGCUCUGUGAACAAAACGAAGAGGAAGUGUCCCCGCAGCUCUUCAACUUCCAUGAGGUGGUGUCUCAGCUGGUGGAGAUGGAGGAGCAGGUUCUGGAGGACCACCGCACCGUGUUUCAGGUGUGUGCUCUUAUCCACAAAGAGGAGAACAUUACAUUAGGCGUAUGUGUCAUUAAACUCCCUUAAAAUAUCUUUCAA